UUGCAAAAACAAAACCCUCCUCUCUGUACCUGUCCGGCUGCAAACAGUCACAAGAGGGCUUGACUAAAUUAAAAGUGGAUUCCAGGAACUGUUGCUUUUAGAAUGGGGAGCAAGGAAUGUGUGCAGCGCAGAAACAUAGAGGGACGCAGCAGGGUUUGACUGAGAGGGUAGGGAGCAACUCCAAGCCGGAGACUUUGACCAUGCCUACCCUGUCCAAGUGUCUCUUACUCCAACUGCUCAUCGUGCAGGCGCUUGGAACCCAGGGCAGAACCCUCAGCAACAAGCCCAGGCUGAAGCUGUCUUACAAGGAUCUAGUAUCUCGAGGGGCUGUCACCUACAAGCUGAAUUAUUCCUGCUGUUACAACACACUGUUGCUGGAUGAGGAGAGAGGCAAAUUAUUUGUGGGAUCGAAGAAUUACCUCAUCGCUCUCAACUUGGAAAACAUCAGCAAACAUGACAAGAAGAUUUACUGGCCAGCCCCUGUGGAAUGGAGGGAAGAGUGCAACUGGGCGGGCAAGGACUUGCAUGCGGAAUGUGCCAACUUUAUUAAGGUGCUGCAUCCCUUCAACAGAACCCAUCUGUAUACCUGUGGAACUGGGGCUUUCCACCCUGUCUGUGCCUACUUGGAAGUGGGGAGCAAAUGGGAUGAGCACCAGUUCCGAAUUGAUUUCAACCAGAUUGAGGACGGCAAAGGGAGAAGCCCUUACGAUGCCAAACAUCUGUCAACCUCCAUUCUGAUUGGCGAAGAGCUGUACUCGGGGGUUGCCACUGACCUGAUGGGCCGUGAUUUCACCAUCUUCCGGAGCCUCGGGCAUCGCCACUCCAUCAGGACAGAGCAGCACGACUCACGCUGGCUCAACGGACAGCGUGAAUAUUACAGAAGGCAACGAGAUCAACAUAACGAUCACGGGGGUUUGAGAAGCCUGGUGAACAAAUGGACCACAUUCUUGAAGGCCCGGUUAAUCUGCUCGGUCCCAGGAAGUGAAGGGAUUGACACUUAUUUUGAUGAGAUCAGGGAUGUCUUCUUCCUUCAGACUAGAGAUCGCAGGAACCCUUUGGUCUACACAGUCUUCAGUACAUCAAGCAAUGUCUUCAGAGGCUCAGCUGUGUGUGUCUACAGCAUGAACGACAUUCGCAGAGCUUUCCUAGGACCCUUCGCCCACAAAGAGGGACCAAACUAUCAGUGGAUACCAUACCAAGGCAAAGUGCCGUAUCCCCGGCCAGGAAUGUGUCCAAGCAAAACUUUUGGGGGCUUUCAGUCAACCAAGGAGUUUCCUGAUGACGUUGUGUUAUUUGCUCGUAACCAUCCCUUGAUGUACAAUCCCAUCAACCCCAUUGGCCAUAGACCGAUCCUGGUGAAAACCAAUGUUGAUUACAGCUUCACUCAGAUAGUGGUGGAUAGAGUGGAUGCAGGUGAUGGGCGCUAUGACGUCAUGUUUAUUGGAACAGAUAUCGGGACUGUUUUGAAAGUCAUCUCAGUGCCAAAGGAAAGUUGGCAGAACAUGGAAGAGCUUCUUCUUGAAGAACUGCAAGUAUUCCAGGACUCUGCACCUAUAACCAGUAUGCAACUCUCAUCAAAAAGACAACAACUAUACAUUGGCUCAGACACCGCCAUCUCCCAGCUGCCUUUACAACACUGUAGCAUCUAUGGGAAAGCGUGUGCCGAGUGCUGCCUGGCCCGAGAUCCCUACUGUGCCUGGGAUGGAAACAGCUGCACCAGAUACCUGGCAAACACCAAAAGGCGGUUUCGACGUCAAGAUGUGAGGAAUGGAGACCCCAAUACGCUCUGUUCAGGAGAUCGUCAUCGUCACAGGGUCACAGAGAAGAAGCUGUAUGGUGUUGAAGGUAGCAGUACGUUCCUGGAGUGUAUCCCCAAAUCCCUACAAGCGCAGGUCACCUGGACAUUCCAGAAACGCUCGGGAGGACCGAGAAAUGAGGUUCGUUUGGAUGACCACAUGAUUAAGACUGACCGAGGCUUGCUGCUGAGAAGUAUCCAGCGCAAGAACUCUGGCUCCUUCUUCUGCCAUUCCAUGGAGCUGGACUUCACCCAGACUCUCAUGCACAUCUCGCUGGAGGUGAUCAAGCUGGAGCAGGCUGAAGAGCUGCUCCGCAAAGAGCCAGCGCCGAGCCGGGGCUCCUCCUUCCCCAACCAGAAGGUGUGGUACCGGGACUUCCUGCAGCUGGUCGACCACCCCAGCCUCAAGACGGUGGACGAGAUCUGCGAGCAGGUGUGGAGACGCCGGAGCAAGCAGCCCAAACACAAACGCGCGCCAGGCCGCCACCUCCAGGCCAAGUGGAAGCACCUGCAGGAGGCGAGGAAGGGGAGGAACCGGCGAACGCAUGAGCUGCUGCGUGCUGAGCGGGCUCCCCGUAGCGCUGUCGUGCAGUGACGGUCAGCGAGAGGAGAAACCAAUCGACGGAACAAUCCCAGGAGUGAUGGCAAAGACUGAAGUGAUGUCCAGUGGGUGUGUCUCGCACCGACUUUCCCCGCACAACGUUUACAUGAACCACUGAGUUCUCUCGCUAUUGAAACCACUAUGACACUAACAUCCAUCACUUGCAUUCUCACGUGUUAGGAAUUACUGCUCAUAUUUAAGGCUAUGGAUAGCAAUAAUAAAUGCUAGGGCUUAUUAGGAUAGCCAGCAACCUCUUAGGUUGUGGGAGGCUGGUUCUGUCCCUUUGGGCUUCAUGAUAGAUGCAUCUUGUGCCUUGGGAGAGUCUUCUCUCUCUUUCCAGUAUUGUCAAGAACAUUGCUCAGAGAGACUGGAGACUGGUGUCGUGGGGAUAAGGGCUUGCUGGCUGGCCAAGAGUUGUUUUAACCCUUUGAGGCUCACAUAAUCCAAAUCCCACCAAUGAAGGUGUCAUUGUGAAUGGGAAAAUUGAUGAAACAUCCAUGUGGGAAGCCAAGCUCUCUUGCUUCUGUGCCCAUUGGCACUUUUGAUAUUUAC